GCGGGCUUCCGGGGCCGCUGGUGUGACGUGUCCCGCGCCUGGCGCAGCAGGAAGCGGCGGCGAUCGCGGCCCGAGUUCCCGGCGCCGGCCCGACUCCUUCCCCGCUGCCGCCAUGCUCGACUUCUUUACCAUCUUCUCCAAGGGUGGGCUCGUGCUCUGGUGCUUCCAGGGCGUGAGCGACUCGUGCACGGGGCCCGUGAACGCGCUGAUUCGUUCCGUGCUGCUGCAGGAAAGGGGCGGCAACAACUCCUUCACCCACGAGGCGCUCACGCUCAAGUAUAAAUUGGAUAACCAGUUUGAGCUGGUGUUUGUGGUUGGUUUUCAGAAGAUUCUAACGCUGACGUAUGUGGACAAGUUGAUAGACGACGUGCACCGGCUCUUUCGGGACAAGUACCGCACAGAGAUCCAGCAGCAAAGUGCCUUAAGUUUACUGAAUGGCACUUUUGAUUUCCAAAAUGACUUCCUGCGGCUCCUGCGGGAAGCAGAGGAGAGCAGUAAGAUCCGGGCUCCCACCACCAUGAAGAAGUUCGAAGAUUCCGAAAAGGCCAAAAAACCUGUGAGGUCUAUGAUCGAGACGCGGGGCGAGAAGCCCAAGGAAAAAGCGAAGAACAGCAAAAAGAACAAGGGCGGCAAGAAGGAAAGUUCUGAUGGCCCUCCGGCUACCGGCAAAGCAGCCCCUACGGAAAAGUUAGUGGGGUCCGAGAAUGGUGUAGAACUUUCCAAGGAGGAGCUGAUCCGCAGGAAGAGAGAGGAGUUCAUUCAGAAGCAUGGGCGGGGCAUGGACAAGUCAAGCAAGUCCUCAAAGUCAGAUGCUCCAAAGGAGAAGGGCAAAAAAGCGCCACGUGUGUGGGCGCUGGGCGGCUCUGCCAAUGAAGUCUUGGAUUACAGUGCCCCGGUCACCACCAAUGGUGCCCCUGAGGCUGCUCCACCUGAGGACAUCAGCUUGAUUCGGGGGACUGGGCCUGGGGGCCAGCUCCAGGAUCUGGACUGCAGCAGCUCGGAGGAUGAGGCGGCUGCUCAGAGCACCACGAAACCUAGUGCUGCCAAGGGGACUCUGGGCGGCAUGUUCGGGAUGCUGAAAGGCCUCGUCGGUUCCAAGAGCUUGAGCCGUGAAGACAUGGAAUCCGUGCUGGACAAGAUGCGUGACCAUCUCAUCGCUAAGAACGUGGCGGCAGACAUUGCCCAGCAGCUCUGUGAAUCGGUGGCCAACAAGCUGGAAGGGAAGGUGAUGGGGACAUUCAGCACGGUGACUUCCACGGUGAAGCAAGCGCUGCAGGAGUCCCUGGUGCAGAUCCUGCAGCCCCAGCGCCGUGUGGACAUGCUCCGGGACAUCAUGGACGCCCAGCGCCACCAGCGCCCUUACGUCGUCACCUUCUGUGGCGUGAACGGCGUGGGCAAGUCCACCAAUCUUGCCAAGAUCUCCUUCUGGCUGCUCGAGAACGGCUUCAGUGUCCUCAUCGCGGCCUGCGACACCUUCCGGGCAGGGGCCGUGGAGCAGCUGCGCACGCACACCCGGCGCCUGAGCACUCUGCACCCGCCCGAGAACCACGGGGGCCGCACCAUGGUGCAGCUGUUCGAAAAGGGCUACGGCAAGGAUGCAGCGGGCAUCGCCAUGGAGGCCAUCGCCUUUGCCCGGAACCAAGGCUUUGAUGUGGUGCUGGUGGACACAGCUGGCCGCAUGCAGGACAAUGCCCCGCUGAUGACUGCCCUGGCCAAGCUCAUCACUGUCAACACGCCCGACUUGGUGCUGUUUGUGGGCGAGGCCUUAGUGGGCAACGAGGCUGUGGACCAGCUGGUCAAGUUCAACAGAGCUUUGGCCGACCAUUCUAUGGCUCAAACACCUCGGCUCAUUGAUGGCAUUGUCCUUACCAAAUUUGAUACCAUUGAUGACAAGGUGGGAGCUGCUAUUUCUAUGACCUACAUCACGAGCAAACCCAUCGUCUUCGUGGGCACAGGGCAGACCUACUGUGAUCUCCGCAGUCUUAACGCCAAGGCUGUGGUGGCUGCCCUCAUGAAGGCUUAAUGUGGCUCUCGCCCAAUACCAAAUCGUCGCUUCCCCCCAAAGCCCCGAUUCCUGUAUCAAGAAUGUGCUUUAGAGUAUGUGUGAGCAACUUGUCUCGGUUGUGUCGCGAAGAGUGAGGGGAGCGCCGCCCGCCCCCGCGUUCGCCUCGCCUCCACGUGCAGGGAGGGCCUAAUCAUGUUCCGGUCACUGCCCCGCUCUGCCCACCGCGGCGUCCCCCUCACUCUGCCCACAGACUUGGUCUCCUUACAGCUUCGACCAAUGGUUGGAAGACCCAACACUAGAGCUAGCUGUGCUAACGCGGGUGGCCGCGGGGUGCGCAGGCACGGGGAGCCGUCUGCGGACACAGCCCCGCUGGGCUGAGACGCCUGGCGCGAGCACCCGGCCCGCGGUGGCCCGUUUAGGAUACAUAGCUUUCAGUCCCCGUGGCCAGGCGGAUGCCCACUGCCCCGUGGUGUGUACGGCUUGUUUUUAAUUGCUGCUAAUCCCGAUGAUGACCCCCAGCCCCAGUGUGUCCCCAAAGCAUCAGCUAGGCCAGAGUGACGUAUUACAGAUGAGUGAAAACUGAGCCCCCACUUUCCUCUGAGAUAGAUAAAGGGAGCUGCACUGCAGUGUUGCGUUGGGCUACUCAGCGCCCCCACCCCAACCCCCGGAAUCCAGAUGUGAGCGUGCAUGUUCCCCUUCCCGGGAGACACCAGCCGUCGGGAGGGUCUGCAAGUUGCCACUGCGCCUGCCCCACUGGCCUCGCGCGGGUCCCGGCUUCCUCCUCCUCUACAGUGCCUGGUAGCCAAGUGCUACGCUGAAGAACAGAAGCCCGUUCCCGUGGUCCCGUGGCUUGGUGUUACAGACGUGCGCUCAGUGCGAGAAGGUGAAGGCGGUCUGCCCAGAGAAACACAUAAUUUAUAUAAGAAAAUAAAUUUCAUAUGUAAAUUGC